ACGAGACUCUAAGCUUUAUUCUUCUUCUUUCUCUCUUUUCUUCUCUUUCUCUGUGCUAUCCCACUUUUCUUUUUUCUGCUAUUUCUCUGCAUUAAUCACAACUGAGUUACACACUGAGUCAGAAGUGCAGUUUACAGAUCCAUCAACACUUGUUCCAAGGAAGGUGUUACUCUCUGUCUCUUCCAUGGAUUUAGACUUCGAAUAUCAAGAAGAAUACAGAAGAAACUCAAGGGGAGUGCAACUCUUCACCUGUAAAUGGUUACCUUCGUCUUCUCCCAUGGGUUUGGUUUUCCUCUGCCAUGGCUAUGGCAUGGAGUGCAGUAGCUUCAUGAGAGAAUGUGGUGUAAGACUAGCGUGUGCCAAAUAUGCUGUGUACGGUAUCGAUUACGAAGGGCAUGGACGUUCUGAAGGUGCUCGUUGUUACAUAAAGAAGUUCGAUAACAUCGUCAAUGAUUGUUAUGAUUUUUUCAAGUCUGUCAGCGAGCUCGAAGAGUAUAAGGGUAAGGCCAGGUUCUUGUAUGGGGAGUCGAUGGGAGGUGCAGUGAGCCUACUUUUGCACAGAAAGGACCCUUCAUUCUGGGACGGUGCAGUUCUUGUUGCGCCCAUGUGUAAGAUAUCAGAGAAAGUGAAGCCACACCAGGUGGUGAUCAAUAUAUUGACUAAAGUGGAAGAUAUAAUCCCAAAGUGGAAGAUAGUUCCCACAAAGGAUGUCAUCAAUGCAGCAUUCAAAGACCCUGCUAAAAGACAAAGGAUAAGGAAAAACAAGUUGAUAUACCAGGACAAGCCCAGGCUAAAAACAGCACUGGAAAUGUUAAGAACCAGCAUGAGCCUAGAAGACAGCUUAUAUAAGGUGACUCUGCCAUUUUUUGUAUUGCAUGGAGAAGCAGAUACAGUGACCGACCCAGAAAUAAGCAGGGAAUUAUAUGAGAGGGCAAGUAGCGAAGAUAAGACCAUAAAGUUGUACCCAGGAAUGUGGCAUGGCUUAACAUCAGGGGAGACGGAUGAGAACAUCGAAAAGGUUUUUGAAGACAUUAUAAUGUGGCUUGAUAAGCACACGGGCAAUCCAACUCAUGAUUCUACACAACAAAUUGAGACUUAUAACUAUGACAUUGAGAGAUUGACCACAGUUGCAUCAUCACCAAAGAUUCUAAAGCAAGAAAACGGGCGAAGAAGCUAUCUCUGUGGCUUGAAAGGAAACCGUAUCAAAAGUAAAGCUAUCUGUGUGUCAAAUCUGUAAUUAGCCUCGUUUCAUGAAAAAAAUUCACAGGAGAUGUAAGAAAAAAGACUAUGUUAACUUACGUUUGUACUUUUUAUCUAACUAUGCUCAAGAUCAGGAGAAGAAUCAAGUGUGAGUACUUUUGAUAAUUACAACUGUCUUCUUAACCAAAUUU